AGGGGCAAAAGAAAGAAAGGGGAAAAAAAAAAUCUAAAGAUGGAUAUGAGGGACCAGUACGGGAAUCGGGUCGGGAGGAUGGAUGAGUACGGGAACCCGAUCCAGACGGACGAGUACGGAAACCCGAUAACGAGUGGGGCCACAGGAGGAGGAUAUGGUCACGGGACCACGGGAGCGUACGGUACUACCGGGACAGGUGGCACACAGACAGCCGCAGGAUACGGGACUACAGGGACAGGUGGUGGACAGGGGCAGAUGAUGCACGCUACCAAGGAAGAGCACCGUGGUGGCGGUAUACUGCACCGCUCCGGUAGCUCUAGCUCCAGCUCUUCGGAGGAUGAUGGAAUGGGAGGGAGGAGGAAGAAGAAGGGACUUAAGGAGAAGAUCAAGGAGAAGCUCCCCGGCGGUCACAAGACCGAAGAGCACGGGUAUGAGCACGGCCAGGCCACCGGCACCACCGGCUACGGAGGAGGCACCACAACAACGGGAUACCAAGAGCCGGAGAGGAAGGGGAUGAUGGAGAAGAUCAAGGAGAAGCUCCCUGGCCGUCACUAAACUUAUCACUCACAAGCUUAGUUUGUGAUGUUGCUAGCUGCAUAUGUAUAAACUAGCAAGUUGUGUGGUCUAUGUUCACCUAGCUAGCUAAUUAAAUAAGGAGUGGGCAGUUACUUUGCGUC